AUCGGGCUGGACUCCGGGCAGAGGCACAUCGGGCUGGACCCCGGGCAGAGGCACAUCGGGCUGGACUCCGGGCAGAGGCACAUUGGGCAGGACUCCGGGCAGCGGCACAUCGGGCAGGAUUCCGGGCAGCGGCACAUCGGGCUGGACACCGGAUCACCAGGUGGGGCGACAGGCACUGGGCCACCAGGCGGAGCAGCAGGCACCGGGCCACCAUGCGGAGCAGCAGGCACCGGGCCACCAUGCGGAGCAGCAGGCAUCGGGCCCCCAGGCGGGGUGACAGGCAUCAGGCCCCCGGGAGGGGCGACAGGCAUCGGGCCCCCAGGCGGAGCGGCGGGCACCGGGCCCCCAGGAGGGACGGCAGGCACUGGCGGGCACCGCGCCAUCUGGCAAGGCAGUGGGCACCGAGUCACCAGGCCCGACAGUAGGCUCCGAGUCAACUGGCAUGACCGUGGGCACUGG